GUUGAUUGUAGUUUAAAAUUUGUACCAAAGGAUCCUACGAUUUGUGAUCGACAGUCAAAUACUGUUCGUUUUCUCGAGCGUUGUAAAGAAAGUUGAUUGAAAUUAUUAUGUUGUCAUUGGUCGUUUGCUGUGGUUUAAUAUUCUCCUUCGUGUCUGCCAGCUCCAACAACCAGUCAUCGAAUGAGAGAAUUCAUAUCAGUACAGCGUUGCCUGCCAUGUCGAAUUUUUCGUCGAACGCAAGUACUGGUUCUAAACCUUGUAUUUUGGAGAUGAAACACAGUGAAAUAUCGCAAAUCGUUGAAAUUUUUAACAAUGAUCUUGUUCAUGUAGUGGAUAUUUCUGUUUCUUUAUCUAAUGUCAGUCAUGGCAAAGAGCUCUUAUCUGAUUUUCAUGUUCAAUUAAUGAACCCUAUCGGUCGAGAAAUUAUAUUUGCUUUAGACUCUAAUGUCCUCAAGUUCAAGACCCUUCCAUGGACUUUGACAGUUGGCAUAAGAGACUUUGAAAUGCAUGUCCUAGAAAGCCAGAAUGAUUGCAUUAGAAACAGGACAAAUGCCACAGAAUUCGCAUUGGAAACUGUUCAAAAUAUUGUUCGCACCAUUAACUUGGCCACAAACUACGAUGUUUGGUAUUCAUUUAAGGAAAUUUCAUCUGGAGAAGAACGCAAAAAUUGCUGUCACGUCACAAAACUCAAUCUGCUUGAAUGCAAUGAUGGUUGUUCCAAAAGCAAUUCAUUUCUUUCCCAGAAUACUACAUUUUGGGAAGGUUUAUUCCUCAUUCUAAUCUUAGUAGUUCCAUUAUGUCUUACUUCGUUAAUCUUUAAUUUGGCGUCUCGUUCUGAUUUUAAUGUAAAAUAUUCAAAAUGCUACAAACUGGAGGAAAGCAGGAUGUCGUCAUCUUUUAUUUUCUUUAAAAUCAUUUGGCAGGAAAAUGGUCGCCUAAUUGCAUGUAUUCGUACUUGUCUAUUAAUGUUUGUCUUGGCCGGUUUCUGGUUUCUUUGGACACCAAAUUUUCUUGUUAUUUAUGUGCAUGCUGGCAUCGCAGUGUUGCAUGUAACUUGCUGUUUGUUACCUGUUGAGAGUACCAUUUCCUAUUCAAUGCAAAAAGAUAGACGCAUUAAAUUUUUCUUUGAAUUUCCCGGCAAUAUUCUUGUAUGGUGUGGUUACGACGCCGCAGAGUUACGGGAAGAACUUGAAAGUUGUGAAACCAUUGUUAUGAUUAAAAUGUUAACUUUACUAUGUAACAUAAAAUUUUGGAGAAAGGCAAGUAAAACUGUGAAGCAAAAGAUCGCAACUUUUACCGCCAAACAUACAAAGUUCAACAAUCGUGCACUUAAAUUUUUGGCCGUGUGCCUGUGUUAUGCUUUUGCAGUAUUCAUUUAUUUCUUUUUGGUCUUUAUUCUACCUUUUUAUUCUAUACUUGUAGUUUUUCUUUGUUUACUAUACACCCGACUUUUACUGGUAUCAUCAAGUUCUGACCUCAAAUCUUGCUGUGGAUGUCUUUUGUGGUAUGUUUUCCUAAUUUUGUCGCUUGGUUUAUAUCUUUUUUGGACUAUCGUUCUGAUACCGAAGGCGACAGUGUCGUUGCUUUUUGGAUUGUUUCUAAACUUAAUUUUCUUCAUUCCUUAUUUGGCAUUCGUCUCUGUCCUAACAUUCUACUGUAUAAGUUACUGGAAGUCAAUGGAAGAGAAUUACUUGCUGUUAAAACAACAAAUAUACGAAGCUUGUCGAGACGCGCAAGACGAUGAUAAUGUCUGCAUACCAAACAAACGUCCCAAACGAAACGAAAAAGUAUUACCUGUCGUGUCAAAAGCGCUUUACGAUAAAAUCAGAGACAAAUUACUACCUUACGAUAAAAACCUAUUUUAUUUAGGAGUAAAAAUGUUGUGUGUCUUUGCAUUUGCAUUCGCCAUUUUUCAGCUGAUUAAAAUGCUACGUGAAUUCGAGGUGACUGGUUUUGUUCAAGUUUUGACCACUGCUAGCCUCGGUGUCAUGCCGCAUAUAUUCAAUAUAGCAACAUUGAAAACAUCUGAACAAAUGAAAGUAGCAUGGAAAGAAAAGAUGAAGUUAAAUGUGAAAUACAUGGUUGAAGAGUUAGUUCGUGAUGAUUCAGAACUAGCUCAGACGGAGGUUAUAAUACCAUGGCGAGAUGACACAACAAAUCAAACGACAGGUGACAAUGAUCAUCAAGUCAAUAAAGAGUGCGUGGAACUACCUCAGACGGAGGUAAUGAUACAUCAAGAACAAGACACAACAAAUGAAAUGACAGAUGACAAUGGUCAAGUCAAUGAAGAACGUGUGGAACCUCCUCAGACGGAGGUAAUGAUACAUCAAGAACAUGACACAACAAAUGAAAUGACAGAUAACAAUGAUCCAGUCAAUGAAGAAUGUGUGGAACUACCUCAGAUGGAGGUAAUGAUACAUCAAGAACAUGACACAACAAAAGAAAUGACAGAUAACAAUGAUCCAGUCAAUGAAGAAUGUGUGGAACUACCUCAGACGGAGGUAAUGAUACAUCAAGAACAUGACACAACAAAUGAAAUGACAGAUAACAAUGAUCCAGUCAAUGAAGAAUGUGUGGAACUACCUCAGACGGAGGUAAUGAUACAUCAAGAACAUGACACAACAAAUGAAAUGACAGAUGACAAUGGUCAAGUCAAUGAAGAACGUGUGGAACCUCCUCAGACGGAGGUAAUGAUACAUCAAGAACAUGACACAACAAAUGAAAUGACAGAUGACAAUGAUCAAGUUAAUGAAGAACGUGUGGAACUACCUCAGACGGAGGUAAUGAUACAUCAAGAACAUGACACAACAAAUGAAAUGACAGAUGACAAUGUUCAAGUCAAUGAAGAACGUGUGGAACCAUCUCAGACGGAGGUAAUGAUACAUCAAGAACAUGACACAACAAAUGAAAUGUCAGAUGGCAAUGAUGAAGUCAAUGAAGAUCGUGUGGAACUACCUCUUACGGAGGUAAUGAUACAUCAAGAACAUGACACAACAAAUGAAAUGACAGAUGACAAUGAUCAAGUCAAUGAACGUGUGGAACUACUUGAGAUGGAGGUAAUUAUACGUCAAGAACAUGAUACAACAAAUGAAGUGACAAAUGAUAAUCAUGGCGUCUUAGGAAGAGUUUUCAAAAUAUUUCGAAAGAGAAAAAGAAGAUAGACAAUACUAAUGAAUGUUUUAGUUGAGGUUAUAAGUUGGCGCAUAAUGUGUUUUAUAAGCAAUAUUUUUUUAGACAUUAUUAAAAUGUUGAGUGAUAAUUUCUAGGUGAGAACUUGCAUGCACAUGUGACAAUAGUAUUGGCUUCACAGAACUUCGACAAAAACAUAAACUGGUUAUGUAGUAUAACAUUUAGUCUUUACCGAAUGAAAAUUCAAAACUAUACAAUUUGGUGGGGGGGGGGGGGGGAGAAAUUGAUUUAUAAUGGUGGAAAUAUUAGAUUAGAGGAAAGUUGUUGCACGAUCAAAAAUUGCGACCACGAAAGUUCAGCUGAGAUGAUCCAGCUCAUCUUAACUGAGCAUGCGUAGUUUCAUACUUAAAACGGUUCAAAACUUAUGAUUGAAGCCUCAUUUUGUACAAUCAAAUCAAAGUAUCAACCGAUGUAACAGGUGAGGAAAAAUUCUUGAAUGAAGCGACAUGGGCAAUUCUUUACGCAAUUUUUGAUCUUGUUUAACUUCCCGAGUAAUACCAUGC